GCGUGCAUGGUCGAUCGUUUUCCGGUAAGCUUCUUUAUACGACAGCUACGAUGGAAGUUGAUGGACUUAUGCUGAAUUUGGUGAAUACCAAAAGGGCAGAUCCAAAUUCCAUAGCGACUGAUUUAGGAGUUAAGAAUGAGAAGAAAAAACUCGGCGGAAGGGCUAGGUUAAAAGAAAGGCAACUGAAAAGACGAAUUGAUAAAAGAUUGUCACGUACUCGUCAACUUGAGCAAAGCAGUGACCAAGUAGAACAAUUCGACAUAGAGAAAACCGCAAAAGUGAAACUCAAAAAAUCCAAAACACAACUGGAAUCUCCUGUGUCGUCCACGAAGCGACCAAAACAGACUAUUUCAUCAUUAUUUACACAUAAUCCAGAUGUCCCACAAGUUGAGAGACAGACAGUGAAAGUGAAAAGUGAACCGGUAUUUUCAUAUCAGUCAUUUAGUGAUUUAAACCUUCAUGCCUACAUGAUUUCUAAUUUGGAAAACAGACUGAAACUGUCAACAAUGACCACAGUACAGAAAGAGGCUAUUCCUAAUUUACUUGAUGGAAAAGAUGCAUUGAUACGUUCACAGACUGGUACAGGUAAAACCCUUGCAUAUGCCAUUCCUAUUGUGGAGACAUUGGGACGUGUAGAUCCAAAAAUACAGCGAUGUGACGGACCAUACGCAUUAGUAUUACUACCAACCAGAGAGCUUGCUCUUCAAAGUUAUGAUGUUAUCUCAAAACUUGUUCAGCCCUACCAUUGGUUGGUGCCUGGUUGCAUAAUGGGUGGUGAGAAAAAAAAAUCUGAGAAGGCAAGAAUACGUAAGGGCAUCAAUAUCCUUGUUGCGACCCCAGGGCGACUAGUUGAUCAUUUGGAACAUACUGAAAGUCUGAAGCUAAGUCGAGUGAAAUGGGUGGUAUUGGAUGAAGCUGAUAGACUGUUGGAUCUAGGAUUUGAAAAAGAUAUUGCAGCCAUUUUGAACAAACUCAACCUAGAAAGUGGCGAGAGGCAGUCAGUGUUAUUAUCCGCUACUCUCAGUGAAGCUGUUAAAAGUUUAGCAUGUAUGUCCCUGAAAGAUCCAGUCUAUGUAAAUAUACAAGGUGAUGUGAAUACUGCUAGUAAUAAAGACGUAACAUCAACAAUGGAACAAUCUAUUGAUGUAUCCACUCCUAAACAACUACGGCAAUACUUCAUUAUAGUGCCAAGUAAACUGAGGCUUGUCACACUCGCUGCAUUCAUCAUCAGCAAAUGCAAGCUUGCUUCCGAGUCCAAAAUGAUAAUAUUUCUAUCCAGCAAAGAUUCUGUGGAAUUCCAUUAUAGUCUUCUUAUCAAUGUUUUAAAUGACGAGGACAAUGAUGAUGAUGAUUUAGAAAUAUUUCAGCUCCAUGGUAGUAUGCCACAGGAGGAAAGAAGAAAAGUUUAUCUUCACUUUGUUGAAUGUACCACUGGAGUUUUGUUAUGUACAGAUGUUGCUGCUAGGGGGUUAGAUCUCCCCGAAGUAAAAUGGAUUGUGCAGUAUAACACACCAGGAACAGCAGCAGAAUACAUUCAUCGUGUAGGGAGGACAGCUAGGAUUGGCAAGAAGGGACAGGCACUACUAUUUCUUGCUCCAUCUGAAGUUGAAUAUGUUCAGGUUCUGGGUUCACAUAAAUUAAGUUUACAGGAAAUAGACAUGAAUGGCGUCUUGAAACAUCUAUUGCUGUAUAAGAUGGGUCGAAUGAAACGAACUGUGGAAGAAUCAGCAACAGCGUUACAGAGAGACUUUGAGGAGUGGGUGAACCAGGACAUCAAAUUCCAGAAGUUAGCCAGGAGUGCUUAUCAAUCUUUCACCAGAGCAUACGCCACUUAUCCAAGUGAAUUCAAACAUAUCUUCCACAUCAAGCGUUUGCAUCUUGGUCACGUAGCAAAAAGUUUUGCACUGCGAGAAGCCCCACAGGCAAUUGGAAACACGCUUCCAAAAAGGAAAUUCAAGAAGAUCUUACAGAAGAAACGCAAACCGGGGAUAUGUGAUUAUUCGAGUGGUUUGGACGGCGGUGGUCUGGUGUUACGUUCGAAGAAACGUUUCAAAAAGCGUUAAUUUUCAAAUCGGUCUGAAAACACAACUUAAAUACACAUCGAAAUGAAAAUUAAUUUAAUUUUUCGCACUCCCACAAUUUUAUUGAGUGAUUGAAAGGUCACAUUUUGUGGGUUUUACGACAAUUUCUUGAUUUAUCUUAUUUUUAGUUUUUUUCUUCACUGGCGGGCAUUUCCAUCGUUAUCGUCCUGCGUCUUGUUCACUUUCACUAACAACUCGACCGACUGCUUAUCAGAGUUGAUGCCACCCUUUGAUCACAAUGCCGAGUCUUAUACUUAGUGACAACCAGGUGGUCUGUGAUCGCAGAAUGCAACUGUAAAAUGCCUGAAUUUAAGCGUUAAUAAUUAAUAAACAAGUUUCCACCAAGCGAGA